AUGCGGUCUGGCAUCGUGCCCAUGUUUUCCCAUGACGAAAAAAUUAGUCACUAUGAAGUAUCUCGUAUGCUUGGUAAAGGCGGUUUUGCAACUGUACAUGUCGCACGUCGUAAAUCCGAUGAUCUUCUUGUGGCAUGUAAGAUGAUUGAUAGGAAAAAACUUGAACAAGAAAAUAAUCAUAAUUUUCCAUCAUAUCAAAAUCAUCGUCAUCCAAUACCUAGUUCACGUUCAACAUCAAUGCUCGAUAGAUUGAAUGCUGAAAUAACAAUACAUCAUCAAGUUAAACAUCCAAAUAUAGUUGAAUUAUUAAAUUGUUUUUGUGAUGAUAAAUAUGUUUAUUUAAUACUUGAACUAUGUUCAAAUGGUGAUCUUGAACAUUAUUUACAAGAAAAAAAAACACUUAGUGAACAUGAAACUCGUAAUAUUACGAAACAAGUUGUUGAUGGUCUUGUCUAUUUACAUAGUCAUGGAAUUUUACAUCGUGAUAUUAAACUUUCAAAUUUACUUUUAACUGAGACAUAUGAUGUGAAAAUUGCGGAUUUUGGUUUGGCAAAAAAAUUACCAUUAACACGUGAACAAACAAAUGAAACAAUGUGUGGAACACCAAAUUAUAUAUCUCCAGAAAUCGCAAGUCGAAAUCCGCAUAGUUUUGCAACGGAUGUAUGGUCAUUAGGUAUUCUUAUUGUUACACUAUUAACAGGACGUCCACCAUUUGAUACUGAUACUGUUCAUGGAACAUUAAGUAAAGUUACACAAGAAAAAUAUGAAUUACCAACAACAUUUAGUGAAGAAGCUCAAGAUCUUGUGAAUAGUACAUUAAGAAAAACACCAGAACAUCGACCGACAAUUAUGGAAAUUCGUGAUCAUCCUUUUUUUUCAAAAGAUUAUUCACGUUCAUCACAUUCGUAUAACGAAUCUAAUAGUUAUCAAAAAUUAUCAUUAUUAGGUCCAAAUGCAUCUGUUGAUAGUGGUCUUGGCGUAUCUAUGGGACGACAACGAUCUGUAUUGAACAGUACUUCGGUAACAAAUACAAAUUAUGCAGCUCAUCAAUAUUCAUCGGAUCCAAUAUCUUCUCCAACUCCAUCACAUCAUGCUACACCAAUUUAUAUGAAUACAAGUAUACGUAAUAAAAUUCCACAUGAUAUUUUUGUAUAUCCUGUUUUAACUUCUACACUUGCUCAACAACAACAACCUAUUCAUGGACGACAAAGUCCAUCAUUUGAUAUUCAUUCAAAUCUAAACGAUUGGCUUAGUAAUGGUUCACAUAAUGUAAAUGAUCCUCGUCCAGAUAGUGCUACAUCAUCAGUCUUAUCUCGAGAUAGUGGUGUUGCACGAUCUGAUCCAAAAUCUUCACGUGAUUUUAGUGCAAAAUCUGAAUCAAGUUCUAAAGCAUCCCUUCAUAAUAAUAAUAAUAGUAAUCAUUUUAUGUCUAAUAAUUAUCCAUCAACAUUAGUACGUAAUGGAUUACCAUCAUUAUCAUCUUCAAAUACAAUUCAACGUUUAUUACAACAACAACAUCAACAACAACAACAACAACAACAACAAACAAUAUCAAAUUUUGAUACAAAUACUGAACAAAUACGUGAAAAACUUCAACCAUUAAAUACACAACGAUUAAAAACACUUCGUCAAGCAACAAAAUCAUUUAUUAUGAGUAUUAUGGAUAAUGGUGAAGUUGUACUUGAAACAAUGAGAACAAAAGGUACGAAACGACGUAUUGUUGAUGUAUUUCGUGUAUCAAGUGAUGGUUUACGUAUAAUAACAUAUACACCAAAUAGUCGUCAUGGUUCACCUAUUGGUGAUCAUCCACCACCAAUACCACGUGAUAAAAAUGCUUAUCACGAAUAUGAAUUUGAUAAAUUACCACCGGAAUAUUGGAAAAAAUAUCAAUAUGCACAUAAAUUUGUCACAUUAGUUCGUUCACGUAUGGGAAAAAUAAUUCUUUAUACACCUGAAGCAAAAUGUUCAUUGAUGGAAACUGGUGUUGAUUUUGAAGUUGUUUUUAUAUGUGGUGUUAAAAUCUCAAUAUAUCGAGAAAAUUUUAAAUAUGAUGAUCCAUUAAAAAUUAAAAUUAGUAAUAAUAUUGAUAAAUCUGAAUCAUCAUUAGAUUUUGAUCGUAUUGCAACACGAAAUAUAUCUGCUGUUGAACAUUUUAGUCCUGAAAUACGUCAAAUGCUUGAUAAUGCAAUUACGUUUUAUUCAUUUUGUUUAUCAAAAGAUCAAAUACUUGAAGAAAAUCAACGACAAUUUCCUUCUAUUCAAGCUUUUCCAGUUCAAUUCGGAAAGAAACAUGCUCAACAAUCGGAUGCUAAUAGACCAGGUUCUGCUUGUUCAAUUGGUCGUUCUCUUUCUCAACAAUUCGGCGGUUCAUCAUCAACCGUCAAUGAACUAUGUAUUGCACCUCCAACAUCCGUAGGUACACCAUUAUCAAUGACAUCUACUCGACGCAUAUUUGCAUCUGAUACGGAUGUUCGAGGAGUAAGAAAUUCAUCAUCAGUAACUCCAAUGUGUUCAAAUGCAAGCAUAGCUAAUACUAAUGUUCAUCAUUCAACAUCAUCAUCAACAUUACGUACAACUGGUUAUCAUCAUCCAGUAACUUAUACACCACAAGCAUCCAUAUCUCGUCCACUUUCUAUUCAUCCUCAACAAAUAUCUUCACCAUUAUAUGCACCAGAAAAUUUAUCUUCAUCAUCUCUAUCGAAUCGUCAAACAACAACAAAUAUGAAUCAUAAUUAUACUUCUUCAACAUCAUUAAAUUCUACAGCAAGUGGUGGAACAAUAACAACAACUACUAAUCCUGGUUUAGUUCCAACGAAUUCAUUAUCAAUUAAAUCUAUUGAUCCAUUAUUAAAAGGAACUUAUCGUGUUACAUUUAGUGAUAAUAGUACGAUGAUACUUCGAGCUGAUUGUACUGAUGGACAAAUGUUUAUUGAUACACAAGGUAAACGUUAUUUAUUUGAUCGAAGACAACAACAUCAACCAGAAGCAAUUCAAGAGCGCUUAGCACUCAUGCAUCAAGAUCAUCCAACAGAUGUUGAAUAUACUACAUCUCAACAACAACAGCAACAACAAUGA